AUGGCUGGACUAGAAAAGAGAAACCACACGGAAAUCACAGAGUUCCUACUUGUAGGAUUUGAAACUUUUCCAGAGCUGCAGAUAACGCUCUUUGUGGUAUUCUUCAUCAUCUACCUAGGAACCGUUGCUGGGAACCUUCUCCUCAUUCUUACUCUGUGGACUGACUGUCACCUGCACAUGCCCAUGUAUUUCUUCCUCAGCAAUUUAUCUUUCCUGGAAACUGGCUACAUCUCCAAUAUCAUCCCCAGGCUCCUGGUGAGUCUUGCAACAGCUGUGUUGAAGCUUCCAUGUACUGACACCAGCCUGAUAGAGAUGACAGCUCUAAUCUCAUCUUCCACAGUAUUAGUGAUCCCGUUUGCCCUGACCAUCAUGUCCUACGUCUAUAUCAUCCUGACCAUCCUGAGACUCCCAUCCAACAAUGGGAGGAAAAAGGCCUUUUCCACCUGCUCCUCUCACCUCAUUGUUGUGUCAACUUUCUAUGGGGCGCUAAUCAUCAUGUAUGUGGUCCCAUCCGGAAACCAGUCUCUGGAUUUCAACAAGGCGUUCUCACUGCUCUACAUAGUGGUGACUCCUAUGCUCAACCCCAUUGUCUACAGUUUAAGGAACCAGGAGGUGAAAGAUGCCUUGAGCAGAUCUCUCAUUAAAAUGUGGUAUUCCAUCAAAAUGUAG